UUGAUUGAAAUGACACCUUUAUAUAUACUCCAACACCUACCGCCAAGUUCUCUCAAGAACAUUCUCCUUCCUUUAAAUUCAACACAAUUCCAACAGCCCCUUUUGAAAUGUACAGUUGUACUGCCCACCGUAUUUGAUAUUUCACCAUUCCACCAUUACGUCUGAUAAGUACCCCGCUUACCAUAUUAAACCUCCUUGCUUCAUACUUCUGUUUCAGAUAGAAAAGAGAGCAAACUAAGGAAUUGAAAGAUGGGAAAGGCACGCACAGUGGGAGUUGGGAUGGACUACUCUCAGACCAGCAAAUUAGCUCUCAAAUGGGCUGCUGAUAAUUUGGUCGAAGGAGGGGAUAGUCUCAUCAUCAUCCAAGUGGUUUCACCCAAAGUCGAGACUACCAAUAAGCAGCUCUUUCAAGACACCGGAUCACCAUUGAUACCUCUUGCGGAAUUUAGAGAAAUCAACGUGUCUAAGCAUUAUGGACUUAAUCCUGAUCCUGAGGUUCUUGACUUGCUUGACAUGGUAGCCAAGACCAAAGGGGUGAAGGUGGUGGCCAAGGUGUAUUGGGGGGAUCCAAGGGAGAAGCUGUGCGAGGGUGUGGAUCAUCUUAAACUUGAUUCCCUGGUUGUUGGAAGUCGAGGUUUAGGAGCCAUCAAGAGGGUGUUGCUUGGAAGUGUUAGCAACUACGUGGUGCAAAAUGCACUGUGUCCAGUCACUGUCGUGAAGGGGCCACCCAAGUAAGGAGGUUUUUGUCUUCUCACUUGCUGGUAAUUUUUGUGUCUGUGAGAUACAAAAGCCGAAAGAAGGCAAAAUUUAAGAAAUUAAGGAAGCGGUGUGAUGUGGUACUUAUUAGGUUGUUGGAUAAUAUUCAAUGAGACACUUGUACUGUCUUUUGGGCUGUUUAUCACCUUAUCGUAGUAUGUAUGUUUUGGUUGUUGAUGGAUUCCACUGGACGCGACAUGAUAAGAUGUGUUCUCAUAUGACUUUUUGUCUC